CUGGCAUCUCACUUUCAUCAGAGCGCAUACCAGCGUUCAGUUUCAGAAGCAAUCCUUUUUUCAAGUAGCAAAAUGGGACGUGGUCGCGGCGGCGGUGGACGUGGUCGCGGAGGCUUUCGGGGUAAAAACAAGAAGGGCGGCGACCGCAGAGAUGUACGCACCGAACCGUGGUCCGAUAUAAGGAGAGAAAAUGCACUAUUCGAGAGUUAUUAUAAGACCGGGGGCUUCCUGGACGAGAAAGAGUUCGAGCAAAUGUGGAAGUACAUGGCCUCGGAUCUGCCAAACAGUUUCCGCUUCACAGGCACGAAGGCUGAUGCGCUUGCUGUGCGCGAGAUCUUCAAGAAGCGAUACAUCCCCGCCAUCACGGCAGUGGAAUUCGAGGGUGAGCCUGUACAACCACCGGAGCCGGUAAAGGCCUUCCCAGACGAACUGGUGUGGCACAUGAAGACUCACAAGAAGGUUAUCCGUCGCUACAAGCCAUUUGCGGAGUUCCAGAGGUUCCUUGUGGCGGAGACGACGGCAGGCAACAUCAGCAGGCAGGAGGUGGUGAGCAUGAUUCCUCCGCAUUUCCUGGACGUCAGACCGGGAAUGGUUGUCCUCGACAUGUGCGCGGCCCCUGGGAGCAAGUCUGCCCAGCUUGCUGAAAUGAUCCACGGCGACGAGGAAGAGCGAGUAAAGAGAGCGGCCAGCAACGAAUCGUUCAACGCGACCGAUGACGGUGACUACAGCGAUGAUGGCCGCUCCACCGGAUUGCUCAUCGCGAACGACACCGAUUACAAGCGUGCUGGAAUGUUGGUUCAUCAAGUCAAGCGCCUCAAUUUCCCCAAUCUCAUCGUCACACAGCAUGAUGCCUCUAUCUUCCCUUCAAUAGAAAUGCCGCCCGCCCCAGGUUCAACGAAGCCUCAGUAUCUGAAAUUCGACCGAGUGCUGGCUGAUGUCCCUUGCUCCGGUGACGGCACCGCCCGAAAGAACCCCAAUGUCUGGCAAAAAUGGACCCCAAGAGAUGGACUGGGCCUGCAUAACUUACAAUUACGCAUCCUCAUGCGCGGACUCCAACUCCUCAAGAAAGGCGGACGGCUCGUGUAUUCUACUUGCAGUCUGAACCCGGUGGAAAACGAGGCCGUUGUAGCCAGCGCUAUCCAAGCAUGCGGAGGCACAUCCAAGGUCCAAUUGGUUGACUGCUCCAAUGCCCUCCCAGAACUGAUCCGAAAACCAGGCCUAAACCAGUGGAAGGUCCUAGAUACCUCGCAUAUCAAUGGAGAAGAGAAGAUCAACCACAUGUUUACCAGCUAUGAGUCUUUCUUGAACACGAAGGAGAAGUAUGAAAAGGAGGAGCCCGCCCGCCAGUUCUCCAACAAGAUUACGCGGAGCGUAUUUCCCCCCGUCGAUGCGCCAUCGGAAGCAGAACGCAUACCGCUGGAGCGUUGCGUAAGAGUUUACCCCCAUCUGCAAGAUACCGGUGGCUUCUUCAUCGCGGUAUUGGAGAAGCUGGACGACAUCAAGGUCGCACAGCCGGGCGCGUCGUCGAAAGGGAAAGCAGGGUCAACGGAUGCUACUCCCGUACCGGUGCAGGCCAGCGAACAUAGCGAUGCCACUCCUCAACUCUCAGCCGAAGAUGCUGUUCCCUCAGCACCCAGUCCCACUAAGCGUAAGCUGGAAGACACCGAGGACGAUGCCGCAUCAAAGCGGUUCAGAACCGAAACUGAGGACCCUGCGCAAGACGCCACCAACAAGGACGGGACCACCACCAGUGAACCUGUCAACGACACCACAUCCAGCACCCCCGGUCCCAAUGGGACUUCACAAACCCCCCAACCACGCCUCAAGUCCGAAUCUCAAUCUCAAAAAGAAUACUUCGAGUACCUACCCAAAGACGACCCCACCGUCUCCGACAUCCUGUCUUUCUUUGGCAUCUCGCCACGUUUCCCUCGCGACCGCUUCCUCGUCCGCAACAAGGAAGGCCUCGCCCUCAAUAAGAUGUAUUACACAUCCGAGCUCGCCAAGACGAUCAUCACUCACAACAAAGAUCGCGGCAUGCGAUUUAUCCACUGCGGGGUUGUCAUGUUCGUCAGCCACAAGAUCAAAGACAAGGACGCCAUGAAGGCUCCAUGGCGGCUGCAAAACGAGGGCAUCAAGAUCCUCGAGCCCUGGGCCGGCAAACGCAUAAUAACUUGCAAAUCGCGCGACGAGUUCUACCGCCUGCUCAUCGAGAUGUUCCCCAAGUUGCCGAAAGAUGGGUCGCAUGAGCUAGGUGAAGUGGGCGAGCAACUCAUGCAGCUGGAUAUUGGAUGCUGCUUCUUGAGGAUCGAGCAGGAUGAGAGUCAGGGGUUUCCGUUCAGGAUGGUGUUACCGGUUUGGAGGCAUCCGGGAAGUGCGAAUUUGAUGGUGGAUAAGGAUGAUAGGAAGGCGAUGCUUCUUAGGUUGUUCAAUGAGGAGAAUCCGAGGAUUAUCAAUCAUGUGAUGGAGAAGGCGAAGGAAGAGGCUGAGAAGGAGAGUGCGGAGGCAACGGAGGAGGCGGAGGGGGAGACUGAGGCUAAGGAGGAGGAUACUGAGAUGGGGGAUGCGCCAGUGGGAACGGAAUAGUAAGACAGUUCGAUAUGUAAGAUUCGGGAAUUGGGAAAUUUAUGUCAGGCGAUGGGAUCGGAUUCAUCUCAUGAAUAUCUAGAGUUCUAGCGUCUGUUUGAACCGUUUCGGAUGGUCAGGCAGGGUGGCUGAUCCGUGUGCGUUUUGUUUCCCUGCGUACACGCAUUUAUAUACUCUGCCCUUUUUCCAAUUUGUCCACAACCUCAUCAAUCUUCUUGAAGCUCCAGCUAGAGAAGAAAGCGGGAUACAAGAAGGGUCUCAGGUCGAAGCGGUUAUCAUCAGGAGAAUAUCCCUCAGCAUGAUACGC